AUGGCUGUAUUCGAGAUUUUUAUAGAGUCCUUGAGAGGUUACUCCUUGACUAGCGCCGUCUCUGUUGUGUUGAUAGUGGCCCUCGUCCUGUCCCUCGUCGCGAGGCUGCACCAGUUUCAUCGCCUCCGACACUUUGAUGGACCGCUUCUCGCCGGCUUCUCCCGUCUUUGGCUCCUCCAAACAGUAUGGGGCGGCAAAUCCCAUCUCAUCUUCUGGGACGUGACUUCCAAGUAUGGCUCCAUUGCGCGGGUCGGUCCAAACGAUCUAAUCACCAGCGAUCCCGAACUUGUAAAGCACAUGCACAGUGUCCGAUCUGCUUAUCGGCGCUCGGAUUGGUAUGACGGUAUAAGGUUUGACCCAAACAAGGACAAUCUGGCGUCGUUGCGAAAUGAGGCUGAGCACAAGACUUUGCGAGCAAAAAUGGCGGCCGGAUACUCUGGUCGCGAAAUCGACGGGCUAGAGCUGAAAGUUGAUGAAAACAUCCUACGCUUUAUGCAUCUACUCGCCAAGUAUGCCAGCGCCAACCAGGUUCUCGACUUGGCACGCAAGGUUCAGUAUUUUACGUUGGACGUCAUUUCCGACAUAUCCUUUGGCAAACCCUUUGGUUUCCUCGAGACAGACUCGGACAUUUAUCGAUACAUUGAAACCACGGAGCGGGCAUUUCCCCUGCUCAUGAUGACCACCGUCGUCCCCUUCUGGGUCAAGAUUCGCGCCUCGCGGCUUUUGAGAAGUGCAAUGCCCUCUGAAAGCGAUCGGUUUGGGCUUGUCGCCGCUGAACGCUUUGGCAAAAGUCCCAAGGUUCAACGUGACAUGCUCGGCUCAUUUGUAUCUCACGGACUAAGCCAAUCAGAGGUUGAGUCGGAGAUUCUACUUCAAAUGUACUCAUCCGAGCGCUCUCUUCUCCAUCUAAUCCGAUCACUAACAUGGCAAUCAAGUGUCGCUGGUUCCGACACCACCGCUACCGCCAUUCGCUCCACGUUGCUGUACAUUUCCACGAGCCCACGGAUUCAUGCCAAGAUGCGCCAAGAGAUUGACGACACUCCUCUUUCCGACACAGUCGUUUCCGAAGAGACAGCGCGCUCCAUGCCCUACUUGCAGGCAGUCAUCAAGGAGGGCCUGCGUAUGUUCCCCCCCGUCGCCGGGCUCAUGGCAAAAGAGGCACCAGCUGGUGGACACUACUGGAAGGGCGUCUUCAUUCCUGGCGGUACGCAUGUCGGAGUAUGUGCUUGGGGCAUCUUUCGACGACAGGAUAUCUGGGGCACGGAUGCGAAUGAGUUUCGGCCCGAACGGUGGCUGGACAGCACACCAGAGCAACUCGGCCGAAUGGAGGGAACCCUCGAGCUGAUUUUUAGCCACGGCCGGUGGCAGUGUCUUGGUCGUUCUAUUGCGCUGAUGGAACUGAACAAGAUAUUUGUACAGAUUUUGCGGCAAUUCGAUGUGUCCGUCUGCGAUCCGACGAACCCUUGGAAAGUCUACAACUGUGGCAUAUUUUCGCAGAGGGAUUUCUAUCCGACUCCAUAUGUGGCAAGCCUGCUGAAGAAGCUUCUGAUGCCGGGCAGUGGCAUGUUCACCACGACGCGGGUUAGGCCGUUCCUGAUCAGCGCUACGUAG